GAGUGAAGGUUGGAAUUUAAUAACAGGGGGCAGCAUUUAGUAUGAUUAGCUUACCGAAAGUUUGAAGGAUAUUCUACUGGUGAUGCAUUUACCGAGAGGACUACAAAUCAGCUCGUUUAUUUAACCUACGUUUUAGUUUGACACCUACAGAGAGAGAGUUUAAACUUUGGUUGAAGACGUUGCGGAUAUUAAUGAGAAGACUGAUUAGUUGCCCUGUGGAACAUUAGGCGAAGAAGAACUGAAAGUCCGUGUCCGCGUCGCCCGACUUGUGGAGUUCUCCGCUAUCUAUGGCUGGGACAGGAGCGAACGGCAGACAGCUCAAAGGGGGCUACAGGGCAACAGUGAAGACUGUUCAGCUUGCCCGGCUGUUGUAUACCGAAAGUGUCCGACUGCUAGACCUCUAUAAAGAAAGGGAGAGCUUUCCGCAGACUGCUGUCUCUGGUGACCAUCUCGUAUCUGUGCCUCGGCCGGCACCCCAACUUCCUGCAGGCGAGAGGGUGUGGCUCGUUCACACAGCCCUUGGGCAAUGCCAGGGUCUUCUGGAUCGUGCCAUAGUUCUGGAGGAUACAGAGCUGGGGCUGCCAGGGGACAAAGAGAACACUGAGUACCUGAGCCAGCGUAAAGUGGUCAAGGAGAGGCUGGGGCACCUGUUGCAGAGCACCAAGAGCCUCCUACUGGAUGGAGGUGCUACUGCAACUGUGGGGACAGGGCAGGAGAGGACAGUGGAGCCAGAUGGAGGCUUGUUUGCUUUGAAGGUGUGGAUCUAUCGGAUCAUUCAAGAUGUGGUUUACUGGACAAAUAUGGCCUCUGAAACGCUCCCUAUGGCUCCUGUGGAGGCUGUAAAUGAGACAAGGAAGAUGGCAAGAAAUAGAAGGAAGGGGAAGAGAGUAGGACGUAGAUGAACAUCUUGAAAGAUCCAUAGAAGGCAGAGAGAGAGAGGGAGAGAGAGGACAGAAAGACAAGGAGUAGAUCCUCACUCAAAGCCGAAGAUGGGGAUGCAGGAAAAUACUGCCAGAAAAAGUAUGGGCUGAAACGCCUAAGGCUGUGAACUUUGAACUUUGAAAACCUGUUACAUCGCUUUACAUUCUUGAUCCUAACUGUCAAGUUUAAGGAUAGGUAUUCAAUCUAACACUUCUCUGUGAACCAUAAACUAAUUACAGUUGUAUGUCAGAAUUCUUACUCCGCUGUAAUGGCUGUACUGUGACUGCUUGAUGUGCUCAUCCUAGCUGUGUAUGGCUGCUACUGCAGGCAUUUGUUUGCCAUUAAAAAAUAAAGUGCUUAAUGUGA